CGAUAUCUUCCUUCAUUCCUCUCCCUCCUGCUCCAUAGCCAUAGCCAUGGUGGCAUCCUUACAGCUACACUCUCACUUGUUCUCCCCCACUCAUCCCCACACCAAUUCAGUCUCCUCACCAUUUCCCCGCAAACCCAAACGAAAACCUCUUCCACUUAUACUCCGAUGCUGCUCCGACGAGACGAACACCAAGAAGCUAGUGGGGUUCGUCGACUACGACAGAGGAGAACGACAAGUAUCCGUGCACGUCAGCGGUGUAAGGAAGUCGGAUUUGCCCAAACGCUACCAGCUGCGGGUUCAAGGUGACCGGUUUCAAAAGGAUUGGCCCAUUUCUGAGCUGGUUUCCAAGAUUUUAAAGCUCAAUCAACGCGAAGACAUUGAUGGCUUGCUUAAUCGAUGGGCUGGUAGAUUUUCACGGAAAAAUUACUCCAUUCUCAUCAGGGAAAUUAGCCAGACAGGUUCAAUCGAUCAUUGUAAUCAAGUUUUCAAUUGGAUGAAGAACCAGAAGAAUUACUGUGCACGCAAUGAUAUAUACAAUAUGAUGAUCAGGUUACAUGCAAGACAUAAUCGAACAGAUCAAGCACGUGGGUUGUUUUUUGAGAUGCAAAAGUGGAGGUGCAAACCAGAUGCUGAAACUUACAAUGCUCUCAUAAGUGCACAUGGUCGAGCUGGUCAAUGGCGUUGGGCAACCAAUAUCAUGGAAGACAUGCUUCGUGCAGCUGUUCCACCAACUAGGUCAACAUAUAACAAUCUAAUCCAUGCAUGCGGAUCCAGUGGAAAUUGGAAAGAGGCUCUAAAAGUUUCCAAAAGAAUGACAGAAAAUGGGGUGGGGCCCGAUCUCGUGACUCACAAUACCAUUUUAUCCGCCUUCAAGACCGGGUCCCAGUACUCAAAAGCACUCUCCUAUUUCGAAUUAAUGAAAGGAACAAAAAUUCGCCCAGAUACCACCACUUUAAAUAUAAUAAUCCAUUGCCACAUAAAACUCAAACAAUUUGAAAAAGCAAUCAAUAUCUUUCAUUCAAUGAGGGACAAAAGAUCUCAAUGUGGGCCCGAUAUCGUGACCUUUACAAGCAUCAUUCAUUUGUAUUCCGUUUCUGGGGAAAUCGAAAACUGCAAAGCAGUUUUCGAUACAAUGAUUUCCGAAGGUUUUAAACCGAAUAUUAUAUCUUACAACACACUUUUAGGAGCAUAUGCUGCAAGGGGGAUGAGUGAAGGGGCAUUAUCGGUAUUUAACGAUAUAAAACGGAACGGAUUUCGUCCGGAUGUUGUAUCGUAUACUUCCCUACUCAAUGCUUACGGGAGAUCAGGGAAACCAGAAAGGGCAAUGGAGGUAUUUAACAUGAUGAAAAGGAAUAACUUGAAGCCAAAUGUGGUGACUUAUAAUGCAUUGAUUGAUGCCUUUGGAUCCAAUGGUUUCCUUCCGGAAGCUGUGGAAUUGCUGCAUGAAAUGGAGAGAAACGGAGUGCAACCGAAUGUUGUUUCGGUUAGUACUUUGUUGGCUUGCUGUGGGCGAUAUGGUCGGAAUGUAAAGAUUGAUUCCAUUCUUGCUGCUGCUGAUUCCAGAGGGAUUUGUUUGAAUACUGUUGCGUAUAAUUCUGCUAUUGGUAGUUAUAUGAAUGGAGGGGAAUAUGAUGAAGCACUGGAUUUGUAUAGGUUGAUGAGGGAAAAGAAUGUGAAACCUGAUUCGGUUACAUAUAAUGUGUUGAUUAAUGGUUGUUCUAAGAUGUCUAAGUACACUGAAGCUCUUGAAUUUCUUGAUGAAAUGAUGGAUUUGAAUGUAACAAUGUCUAAUGAGGUUCUUUCAUCUGCCAUUUCUGUCUAUAGCAACCAGGGUCAACUUUUGAAAGCAGAGUCUCUGUUCUCAAAAAUGAAGAUGACACAUGAUGGUCCUGAUGUUGUUGCAUAUACAACAAUGCUACAUGCUUAUAGUGAUGCAGAAAAAUGGGAUGAUGCAUUUGCAUUGUUUCAAGAAAUGGAAAUGAAGGGUGUGGAGCCAGAUCUUAUUGCUUGUUCAGCAUUGAUGAGAGCUUUUAAUAAAGGGAAUCAACCUGCUAAAGUUCUUGUUGUAGCUGAAUUUAUGCAGGAGAGAAAGAUACCAAUGAAUGAUGCCAUUUACUUUGAGAUGCUCUCUGCAUGUAGUAUCCUAAGAGAUUGGAAGAAGACAAUUGAAUUAGUUGGAAUGAUGGAGGCAUCAUUCAAUGUAAUGUCGAUUGGACUCAUGAAUCAGCUUUUACAUUGUAUUGGUAAAUUGGGGAAGAUUGAGACCAUGAUGAAGAUAUUUUAUAAAAUAGUGGCAACGGGUGCUGAAAUUAAUAAAUCUACUUAUUUGGUGUUACUAAAAAAUCUUUUGGCUGCUGGAAAUUGGAGAAAGUACCUUGAGGUAUUGCAGUGGAUGGAGGAUUCUGGUGUUGAGGCUUCGGGUGACAUGUAUCAAAGUAUACUUGCAUUUGCACAGAGUAGUGGGCCUGAAUAUUCUGUUAUCAUACAAAAUAGAGUUGAGAGCUUGAGAAGAAAAACAUGUGUUUAGUUUUUGCAACAUUGUGAGGCCUUGAAUUAAUAGGAUCUUGUAAAUUUGUAUAAUGUAAUCUUGUAAAUUGUAUAAUUUGAUUGUUAGGAUAAGAGUCCUUACUCCUUUAGGGUUGAUUGUUUUGAUAAAGCAAC